GAGUCGAGCCAAGCAGCGAGGUCAGAGCAGAGACACACUACCAGCAGUACAACCUUGAAUUUCCAAACAAACCACCACAUGAUGGACACAGAAGAAAGACCUGGAAGUUGUCCUGCCACGGCUCAAACUCCUGUCAGGACCUGGCUCUCUUCCAGCUCAAGAGGAGUGCCUGGAACACCCAGUGACUCAGCCUCCCGUUUCCUUGGAGACGGAGUUCGCUACAAGGCCAAGCUGAUUGGCAUUGACCCGGUACCUGACGCACAGGGAGAAAAGAUGUGCUGGGACUCUAUGAUGAAACUAAAGGGCUUUGAGGCAGCAGCAAGGAGACAGGGGAAACACAAGCAGAGAGUUUGGCUGAAAGUUUCCUCCAGCGGCCUCAAAAUAAUGGAUGAAAGGACCGGGAUCUUACUUUAUGAUCAUGACAGGACCAGGAUCAGCUCUUUAAGGAAAGAUGAAUCUGACCCCAGAGCUCUGGCAUACGUCUACCAACACCAAGACACCUACAUCCUCUACUACAUCAAGAUGGCCAACCUGGCAGAUCCAGUCCUGAUUGAUAUCAAAGAGGUUUGUCAGGGUGUGGACCAAGAGACUCCACAGGAAGCUGCAGAGGCACCGACACAAACCAGUUCAUUACUUCUUCUAAAUGACAGUCCAGCCCCUCCAGCUGAGGGUCCAGCUUUAGAGGAUGUGUUUAGUCCAGACUCUUCACCAGGACAGUCAAACCAGGCUUCUUCCACUAAUGAGCUGAUGGAGAUUUUCUCCAUUCAGAUGGAGGACGCAAUGAUGCCCACACAGACAUGUACCAGUCACUCAGAGUCUCCACAGCCGACGCUCUCCAGCUCUCAGAUCCUCUCCAUGUUCCCCACACAACCACUAAGGAGCUCUCCAUACUCCUCUCCUCCAUACUCUCCCACCUCCAUGCCCUGGGGUCAACAGGGGUUUAUGGGAAAUCAAUGGGCAGGCUCACCUGUGGCCCCCUGGCCCACAAUGCCUGGAAAUAUGACAGCGUGGGGACCAGCAGGCAUAGCAGUACCCAAUCCAGGCGGCCAGAUGGAGGCUCACAGCUCUCAGCCAGGAUUCAUGAGGGGAGGAAACACACCCACUUCACCUGCUUCACCCACUUCACCCACUGCUGUCAUGGGGCACCCCACCCCUUUAAACUCCCUUUAUGCUCCUGCUGGAGAAACAGGAGCACUGCAGCCACCGCCCCCUACCUCAGAUCUCUUACUGUGA